AUGGUGAUUUCUCCGGAGGAGGAGCUGUGUUGUGCCUGGCUGCGCUCUGCUCAGGGUGCAGCUGGCAUUCACUGGCCUGAAACUCCCCAGCUUGUGUGUGCCUGUGCGCAAAUUCCAAUAGGACAGUUAAUUCAUGAUAUGGCAGCAGUGGCGCAAGGAGGGAGGCAAGCAGCCACCGACGCUGCAACGUGCCUCUCCUGGCAGAAGGCAGCAAGGGCAGUGAGAGGGAUGCUUAUGCGUCCGGAUGAGCUGAUCAAAUAUGAUCCAGAUGCGAAUAAUUGCCAGGUUGUGCUGCUGGCACCGGCUCUUGAGCCCUGUACCAGGGGACAAGUUCCCUGGUUCCCAUGUGAUAGACAAGCAGGCGAAGCUGCCACUUGA